AUGGUUGUACUUCUCUUCUAUUCUGUUUCAUGUUAUCGAGAUCGAAAAAUUGAAGAGCUUGUUAAUUGCGGAAUUGAUGAAGACAUUGCCAGCGGAAUUCAGCAAAUUGUUCACGAGCAUAAUCAGCUAAUCAGUAUAGUUGAGGAAAAUAGAAGGGCAAGGAAAACUGAAAUUGACUCGAUGAUGGCUGACAUCGACAAUUACCUUGAGGAAGAAGGUUCUGAUGAAGAUGAGGUUAUUUAA